UUUGCAUUCAUAUUCUCGUUUAGAUAGUAAAAUUAAUAAAAACAAAAACCACGCUAAAACGAACAGCUAUAUUUUUAAGUCUGAUCAAGGGAAAGGUCAUGUUAUUGAAUCAAAUUCAAAAUAGAGCUGGGAGAAAAGUUAUCUGCAUUGAAGGUAACAUUGGAAGUGGGAAAACAACUUUGAUUAAUCGUUUAAAGAACUAUACAUCGGUAGAAGGUCUGGAGGAGCCUGUUAAUAAAUGGCGUGCAAUUGGUGAUACAAACCUCUUUGAGCUUAUGAGUAAGGACCCUGCACGGUGGAGUUACACCUUUCAAAACUAUGUUCUCCUCACCAUGUGGCAAAAUCACCAAAAGGAAAGCAAUAAGGAUUUCUUGAUCAUUGAACGCUCAGUAUACAGUGCGAUCUAUUGUUUUGUUGAGAACUUGCAUCGAGAUGGAAAUUUUGCUAAUGUAGAGUAUAACGUAAUCCAUGAGUGGUUUGAGUGGAUGACUAGUAUUGAUAAACCAAGAGUUGAUUUAUUUAUUUAUUUGCAGACACGUCCUGAGAAAUGUUUGGAGAGAGUACAGGAAAGGGGACGAAAAGAAGACAGAGAUCUUAGUCUGGAUUUUCUACGGACAGUUCAUGAACGACACGAAGAUUGGUUGAUCGAGGAAAAGAAAUAUAAAGUGCCGGCACCCGUACUUAUUGUCGAUGCGAAUCAAAAGGAUUUCCCCUUAGAUAUCAUUAAAGAUCAUUUAUCUUUUUAAAAUUAAUUUAGAGAAUUAGUGAAUCGAUGUGCUUUGAAGUUACUCUGGUACAGAUUUGUAACAUUCACAUAAUACAUUCGCACUGGAAUAAUUUUUAACAGGAAUGUACAGUGGAACCUCUAUUAACGGUCAAGUCCAUGCAUUGGUCACUUCUUGAUAAGCGGCUAGAAAAGAAAAUCCCUGCCAAAUUCAUUGUCAAACCCUUAUAAAAAACCCUCCAUACAUGAUUGUAGAUUGUACUGGUAAGAUACAUUCAUUCAAAUCUGUGUUUAUUUUGAUCAAGAAUCAUUCUUUGAGCCCCUUCCACCUCUCCCGACCAGACGUUUUAAUAAAUAAAGGAUAUUCAUAUAAAACCUCCAUACAUCAGUCGCCUCUAAUGCAACGGCCACUAAGCUGGGUCCCCCAAAGUGGCCGCUAUUAGGGGUUCCACUGUAUCUAUCAUUUUCUAUUAUCUAAAUAGCAUUGAUCAAAAUUUUCGUCACACACACACACCAACAACACAUACACACACCAACAACACAUACACACACCAAUAACACAUACACACCAACAACACAACAACAACACACCAACAACACAUACACACGAACAACACACGAACAACACAUACACACGAACAACACACGAACAACACAUACACACGAACAUACACACGAACAUACACACGAUCAACACACAUACACGCCACACAUACUGCAUACACUCAAAAAUUUCUUUAAAUUAAUAAUAUAAAAAAUAAAUAUAUAUAGAAAAGGAUUUCUUGUUUUAAUUGUGUAAUUAUUUUUUAGAGUUUUUUUACACGUUUUUUACACGUUUUAUUAAUUCUUUAGGGAGAUAUUAGAUGCUAGGAACAUUAAUAA